AUGUGCAUUUCUUGUGAAUCGUGUGAUAAUUCUGGAUUUAGGUUAGAAUAAUACUAUAUACCAAUAAAUAUGGGAAAGAAAACAAAAGUAGGAAAGCAACGUAAAGAUAAAUAUUAUCAACUAGCUAAAGAGACUGGCUAUCGUUCAAGAGCAGCCUUUAAAUUAAUCCAACUUAACAGAAAGUUCGGGUUUUUGCAAAGGUCACGAGUAUGUAUCGAUCUUUGUGCAGCUCCGGGCGGGUGGAUGCAGGUGGCGCAUCAGAAUAUGCCUGUCUCCAGUAUUGUGAUUGGUGUUGAUUUGUUCCCAAUAAAGCCAGUCCCUGGUUGUAUAGGCCUUACUGAAGAUAUUACUACUGAUAAGUGUAAAACAGCUAUUAAAAAAGAGAUCAAAACAUGGAAAGCAGAUGUCGUACUCCAUGAUGGUGCCCCUAACGUUGGUCUUAACUGGCUUCAUGAUGCAUACCAACAAGCAUGUCUUACAUUGAGCGCUUUGAAGCUCUCCACGUUUUUCUUGAGAGAGGGUGGCUGGUUUGUUACAAAAGUUUUUCGAUCUAAAGAUUACCAUGCUUUGUUGUGGGUAUUGAAGCAAUUUUUCAAAAAAGUACAUGCUACCAAACCACAAGCUUCCCGAAAUGAGUCUUCUGAAAUUUUCGUGGUUUGUCAGGGUUAUGUAGCACCUGAUUCAAUUGAUCCUAAGCUUCUAGACCCUAAAUAUGUCUUUGAAGAUUUAGAAAUAGCUAAAAAAUCAAACGCCAAUAUAUUGCAUCCUGAGAAACAGAAAAAAGCGAAAGCUGAAGGAUAUAAAGAAAAUGAUUACACUACUCAUCAUAAAGUUUUGUUUUCACAAUUCUUGACUGCAGAUGAUCCUAUUGAUUUACUGCAAGGUUGCUCUGAGAUAGUCCUUGAUGAUAAAUCUGUAGAAAACCACCCGAAAACUACUGAGGAAAUCAAAAUAUGUUGCAAAGAUAUAAAAGUAUUAGGAAGAAAAGACUUGAAGGCAUUGUUAGGCUGGCUGAAGCAGAUGAAAGAGUGGAAACUUCCAAAGGAUGAAAAGAAAGAUAAAGAAGAAAGUGUUUCUCAACAAAGUCAGAGCUCUGAGGAGAAAAAAGAAGAUGAGGCAGAUGAUGUUGAUGAGAAAAUUGCUGAGCUUCAGGAUGAAGAACGGCGCCUUUCUAAACGCAAAAGAAAACAGUUGAAUAAACAGAGACAAAAAUUAGCUGAGAAAAUGAAUCUUAAAAUGGUUUUAAAAGGUGAUGGUGGUCCUAUUCUGGAGAGUAAUGAUAUGUUUCAAUUAUCUUCUAUUAAAAAUGCAGAGGAAUUAUCUCGUUUAAUUGAUCAACCACCUGACAUGGUGGUUGAUGCAAGUGAUGAGUCAGAUGACGAAUUGAAAAUAAAACCAAAAUAUGCUAAGUAUGAUGUUGAAUCAUCAAAAUUGGAUUCAUCAGGUCUUUAUUACAAGGACUCUGAUAGUGAGCUGGAAAUGGAGUCAGAUUCAGAUGGAGAAAAGGAGAAAGAUACCUUGGCAUUUUCAGAUACAGAAAAUGAGAAUAAAAAAAUAGAUAAAAUUACUAAGAUGAAUACAAUAAGGAACAGUAAGAUUAAUAAAGUACCAUCAAUUCCUAAAAACAAUCCACUGUUAACGGACCUGGAUGAUACCGAUCCAGUGUCUAGGCGGUCAUUGAAAGCAGAUCUCUGGUUCCAGAAAGAUUGUUUCAAGGAUAUUGAUGAAGAAGAUGAUGAGGGGGUUGAUUUGGAUAAAAUUGUAACAAGUUACAAAGAAAAGGGAAAAAAGGUAAGUGAAGAAAUUGGUGAAUUAAAACAGAAAGAAAAUGUCAGCAUUAAAAGAAAAUUAAAUGAUGUAGAGAGUUCAGAUGACGACUCCUCGGAUAGUGACUAUGAUGUUGAAAACACAAUUGCACAAAAAUCGCAGAAAGUUGGUGCGAAAACUGAAAAGGAGGAGUUUGAAGUUGUGUCUCAAGACCCAGAUUUGAAAAAAUUAAAGAAGUCACUAAAAAUGGAUGCCGAAACCUUAGCUCUUGGAACAAUGAUAGCCACAUCGAAAAAGUUCAAGAGGGAUCUGAUUGAUGACGCUUGGAAUCGGUACGCGUUCAACGAUAAUAAUCUACCUGAUUGGUUCGUGGAAGACGAGAAGAAACACAUGAAGAGACCUAUUGCUAUACCACAAAAAUAUACAGAAGAAUACGAAAAGAGACUACAAGAUAUUAAUGUAAGACCAAUCAAGAAAGUAAUCGAAGCUAAAGCUAGAAAGAAGAAGCGUAUGAUCAAGAGGAUGGAACGAGCUAAGAAGAAGGUAGAAGCAGUCAUGGAAAAUGCGGACAUGUCGGAGCGUGAGAAGGCGCAGCAAGUAAGCAAGUUGUACAAAAAGGCACAAAGUGACGGCAAGAAGAAGGUUACUUAUGUAGUGGCUAAAAAGCAUACCACGGCAAAGCGUAUGAAGAGGCCAACUGGCGUUAAAGGACAGUACAAAGUUGUUGAUCCUCGAAUGAAGAAGGAUUUACGCGCGCAGAAAGCGAAAGAAAAAACAAAAGGCCGUGGCAAGAAAACCAAGUUUAAUAAAAACAAACCUGGGAAAACGGCGAAAUUAAGUAAAAAGAAAGGUUCUAAAGCUAAAUAGUUUCGUUGCUAAACUAAAUCAUUAUUUUGUACAUAAUUCCGUAUAUAAUUGUUUUUAUACAUUUUGAAUACAUUGGUGUAUUAAAUAUGUUUACACUUGUUUUUUUUAAUAAAUCUAUAAACACUC